AUGAACUACCAAUACAAGCGAAUCAGGCGAAUCGGGGGUGCGCAACUCGGAUGCACAAAGGUCGAUUUUGACAAGGAAGUCAAAGAAAGACAUAUCACCUCGUGCACUCUGGACAAAGUCGGAACAUUCCAUUUCAUUUUUGGCCAAGAGUUGGGCGAUGGCUUCAGAAAACCCUACCUGGUUUACUAUAACGAAAAGGAAGGUGUCAAACACAUCAGCUGCCCUUUAAACUACAAGGUCAAACAUGGUGCACACCCGGCAUGCGUCGCUCUUGACCAGAACACGUUUCUGUUCAGAAACGACAGCGAGAACGGAUACGAACUGAACCACUACUUGGUCAGCCUCGACGACUGCUGGCAGAUGAGCACUUACCAUCGGUUCGAGGUGGGGUCCAAAAGCAAGCUGUUGAAUCUGCUCAAUGCUGACCACAAGCCAAGUUUCACCGAAGUGCAUCGGACAGGCCUUGCAAGAAUCAGAUAUGCAUCCGAGGGUGACAUUACCAUGAUUAGCAACGAGGGAAAUGCCGUCAAAAUCCACUCGUCUGUUCUCAUUGGUAUCUCUUCAUACUUUGAGACCUUGCUCAAAUGGAAGAAGAUGGAGGCGGUGCCCAACGAGGUGCGAGUGGACAUUCCCACGUCUACAUUGGAGGUGUUGGUGCGGUAUAUAUACGGCGAGGAGCUCGACAUGACUUUUGUGGAUGCCUGUGAGCUCGUUGUCUUUGCUCAGAUGUGCUGCCUCCCUGAGCUGGUACAUCUUGCGUCCCAGUGGUUCAAGCCCAACCCUCCCGAGGAUUUCGACCAGGCAGUUUCUUUGUGGAAGAAGAGCUUUGAGGCUCGAAAUAGCGUGAUGAGAGCUUUUGCCGCUGGUUGUCUUGUGGAAUUCCUGUCACCUGAUGAAGAUGGCAUUGAUGAUUCCUGGGAUAUGGAUGCCGAUGAGCUUUCCCAUUUGUGGAAGGACGUGGCUAUUGCCACCAAAAGGAGAUAUGCGGGGAUGAGAUACCAAUGA